AUGGGGGCACAGCUUUUGUUGCCGGCUCUCCUCGAAGAAGGUGACCCAGGGCAGGCCGCCAGUAGAAGUUCGUGGCAGCCAGCGACGAGGUUGUCCGGACAGAAAGGUUGGACCCGCAGACUCGAGAGAAAACCUUGCACGCGGGCACCGGAAAGGAAAGCGGAGAACAGCGAGAGUUCAGUGCAGAUCACAUUUGAAGAAGGUCCUCAAUUACCACCAGCAGCAAAUAUAAGCUGUGUGACGUGCAAAGGCCAGUCAGGUCACAGCAUGGUGCUGUGUUGUCAUCUGUCAGCUGAAGCUGUGAAAUUCCCUGUCUCUGUAACCCAGCAGUCUGCAGUUGCUGUUUCUGUGGACACAUAUCAUGUCACUUUGGCUCUGCUCCAGGCUGAGGUGGAGAUCCACUUGGAGGAGAUACAGAAUCAGGGUCUCCUGGUGUCAUGGAUAUUCAAGGACAGACCAGACUUGGAUCUUUCAGUUCUUCCAAGACUUCAGCCUUGUGAGAAGAACGAAGGGAAAGCGGAUCUGUCCACCAUAAAGGAUCUAAUCGAGGAUACUAUUGUCAGCACACAGCCAGCCAUGAUGGUGAAUCUGAAGGCUUGCACAGCUGGAACUGGCACAGUAUCCAGCAGUAAGGUGACCCAAGAGUCUCCAUACAGUGUAGUAGAAGCCCCUCUGGGUUCAAAGCUGUUGCUCCGGAAUCUUCGUGUGCUGAACUUAGGCUCACAGAGGAGUGGAGGAGUUGGGGAGAUAUGCUGUGUUGCAGAACUAGACAAUCCCCCACAGCAAAAAUGGACAAGGCCAGUGAGAGCUGGUAGUGCUGGCAUUGCUGCAGAGAUGGAGUGGAAUGAAGAGCUCUUUCUUGAGUUAGGACCCAGAAGUAAGGAGCUGAAGUUACAGGUGCUGGGGAAUAGCAGCAAAGGGGAAGCUGUACUGCUGGCACAUGCUACUCUUCUGCUUGAUUCCUUGGGCAAACAGCCCUCUGGGAGACAGGUCUGCUCGCUGGCCUCAGGAGCUGGGCAGGCACUGGCAGCUGAAGCUACCAUUGUAUUGGAGCUUUUAUACCAGGAUUCUUCUGCAUCUCUGAAUGCUCAGCAUGCCACAUCUCUGCAUACCAGCAUCACCCCCACAAAGAAGGUGGAGAUGGACCGGACCAUCAUGCCUGAUGGCACCAUUGUGACUACUGUCACCACAAUUCAGUCCCGACCCAAGGUGGAUUGUAAGCUGGAUUCACCUUCAAGGUCACCAUCCAAGGUAGAAGUGACAGAAAAGAAGACAACAGUGCUUUUGGAAAGCAGCUGUCCUCACAACUCUUUGUCCAGCAGCAGCCGGGGCAGCCAGAUGCCCAAUGGCUUGGAUCCAGUGGCUGAGACAGCAAUCAGGCAGCUAACUGAGACAAAUAACAAGCCUGCCAAGAAGACCCCAACAAAACGUAGCACGCUGAUCAUCUCAGGAGUUUCCAAGGUACCUCUUGCUCAAGAUGAAAUGGCGCUUUCUCUGGGUUAUGCUGCAUCCAUGGAGGCCACAGUAUAUGGGGAUACUGGGGCAGUCUGUGCAUCCGACCAGGUGCAUGAUUCCACUGAAUCAUCACAGCUGCUGGAAGCGUCACCGUCAGAACAAAGAGCCAGUCAGGAGCUGGAUGAGACAACGCGAUCUGACAUCUCUGAGAGACCGUCUGUGGAAGAUGUUGAGUCUGAAACUGGCUCCACAGGAGCCCUUGAAACCAGGAGCUUGAAAGAUCACAAAGUUAGCUUUCUUCGGAGUGGUACCAAACUCAUCUUCCGGAGAAGGAGUAAGCAGAAGGAAGCUGGCCUCAGCCAGUCACAUGAUGACUUGUCCAACGUCACUGCUAGUUCUGCCACCAAGAAGAAAGCUGGCAGCUUCUCCCACCGCCUCAUCAAACGCUUCUCCUUCAAGUCUAAAUCCAAACCUAAGACUGGUGACAACACAACAACAGCCCAUGGCUACGGGAGGUGACUGUUCCCUGCUGGCUGGGAGAAUGCUGCACCAGACCUGACCACUGAGGAGAAGGAAGAGUAUAGAGGUGCCAAGCCCUGCAACAGACCUCUUGGGAGUUGCGUGCAUUAGUGACUUACUUUGAACUUGGCAAGUGGCUGCACUGAGUGAAGGAGACUUACAUAUUGUGGGGGUCAGGUGGUGGCCUUGUGCUCUGCAAGGGCUGUAUCGGUGGAAUGGUUCUGGAGAAGCCAUGUGUUUGGACAAGAAGAGAGUGGGGAUGGGGGAAGAGCUGCUCUACACAGGGCCAGUGGUGGCUACAGGAUGUGGGAUGGGAGGAGGAAGGGAGUGAUGGUGGUUGGGCUGCAUUAGGUUUGCUGCCUGGGCAGCUGUGGAUGUUGCAAGCUGAGGGAGAAAAGGGAGAGGGAUUGGGGCCGUACCUGGGCCAUGGGGCCCACGAGAAAGUGUCCUGUGACCAAGGUGGUAAGUGAUGUGGGGUUGGGGUGUGGCUAUAGGACUGAUUGGUGGGAUUGUGUUGAGUAGGUCUCAGGAAAAGACCCAGUGAGGGGCUUGGUUGUGCUGGAGGUGUGGAACAAGGGUGGAGAUGUUCCAGGUUUGUAAGUAGGAUAUAUAGUUUGGGAGACCAACAGAAUGAAUUAAGGCCAGUGGCAGUUAGCGCAAAGAGCUCCUGGCCUCAGGUCUUGUUUGCUCUGUCUUGCUGGAAAAUAUUUCCUGAAACUUACAGGUUUUCCUCAUAGUAAGUUCAUAAUCUGUUCCACUUACUUACUGUGUAUCCCUAGAAGGAUGAUUGUAGGAGUCAAGAUCUGAAGCAUUUUAAAAGCAAAUAAAACACCAGAAAAGAAAACCCAAACUGGGUUCAAACUAUAUUGACCCAGUGAAGGCAACAGAUUAAAUGUUGGAAAGCUUAGUUCAUUUGUUCAUUUUGGUUAAAUUAGUCAUGAACUUGCACAAUUUAUGUUUUCACAUUUUGGAUGUCAGUCACAUCAGUUCAUUCUGUAAUUUGGAAAAGGGGAAUUAACUUUGUUCUUUAGCAGUUAAGCUGUUUUUCUUUAGCCCGUACUUUAUCGCUCAGGGAGGUGCUAUUUUUGAUGUAAAGCCUUCCUAAAAUUCAGUCCAAUCUCAGUUCUCUACUGUCUAGUUGCAAGAACUGCCAACAGACUGCGAAGUCGGGCUUUACAGGCCAGAGGUGGAGCAAGACGGAGGCCUCUGGAUUUUCAAAAACAACGAGAAGGCUGAGAAUCAAGUGCUUUGUUUGACAUUUUUACUGCCUGUCCUACUUAAGGAUUCUGUCUGUCCAUAGGCACAUUUGGUUGGACCCUAGCAGCUUGGUGCUUAUGAAUGCAGUUCUUUCUGGUACAGAGCUGUGCCACUUGCUGUCUAGACCAAAUACACGUAAUGCUGGAGGAGCUUACUCUAAGCAUUUUUUUUUUUUUUCCUUGGAGCAGUAGUUCAGGGAAACAUAGAUACUUUCUUCUAUGCUCCCAUAGCGGUUUUCUAGGAAUGGCUUCUGUUGUUGAUUCCUUACUUGCUUGUUUUAAAUACUGAAAGAAACAUACUGUUCUUUUUCUUCUGCCUAUGUAGAACUCCCCUUGUUUCCUUUGUAUUUUUGAGUUGCACUCUUAAACAGAGUGUACAGCUAGAUCUAGAAUAGUUGCCAAAGAGUUGCCUAUGGGCAAAUUGUGCUGGAUUUCCCUAAUGGAAGUCAUAAAGUUUCUUGCCUCCUUGAGAAGUGUUCUUGUAUUAUUCUUAUAUAGCAUUGUGUGUUACUGCUGUACUGAGGUAUAUAUUUUAAAUUAUUAUAAAUCCAUUAUCUGCUUCCCGAAGGUGAUGGUGAGAAGCAUACAUCGUGAUGAAUUAAUGUGAAGCAUGAGGUACACA